CAGAAAGCCGAGACGCCGAGAGGGGGCGGCUUCUCUGCUGCCUUAGCAUCGAGAGGACCGAGUCCGUCACAUCGCCCACCCGCUCGGGUCGGUGUACACUGCCGUCAGACACCAGGCGCGGUCCCUUCAACAUCCCCGAGGACUGCCGAGGGCUGUUCCGACUGAGAGCCCUUACUUCAUCAUUUUCUUUGUGCUUUUUUAUUUCCUGAUGUCGUUUUGUUUUUCCUCGUCGUCUCCACGAUCUUUCCCUUCGCCUAUUUAAAUGCUUUGUCCCUCUGCGGGCAGGACCUCCGUUUCAACCUUGCUAUUUCCCAAGGUUUUUUUUAUCCUCAAGCAGCAAUCAACACCUGAAGAGAGGAGAUUUUAAAAAUAAGCGACAGGCAUGGAUUGCACAUUUUCUGGAAAAUAUAAUCCUAAAGCAGAACAUUAUUUCAAAGACAACGAGACAUAUGUGGGAUCGUCCAUUUUGUCACUGGAGAAUAUUUUGAGAGAAAACUGAGAUAUUUAUAGCAACGAUACAGUAAAACUGUCGUUUUUUGAAGCGGUAAAAUUGAGUAAACAUGAGUAAACGGCAAUACGAGAGAUUUGAGCGAUUGCAACAUUUUAAUCAAUAAUCGCUGACAAGAAAGAAACGGGAUGUUGAAUUGAAAUGGGAGACGACCCAGAAAUCUGGAUUUCUGAGCGAUUCUCAUAUAAAACGUAAAAUUUCGAUUCCUCCUGUUUUUUCAGGACUCGGGUAUAUUAAAACAACACCUAAAAACGAACGUAGGGCCUUUUGCACGCAUUUUUUGCCAUCGUGAGAGUCUGAAGAAAAUAGUCUGUAGGUGCCGUCUAUUUUAUGGGAGUUCUCCUUCAGUGACAUUUCUCAGUAAAAACCCUGUUUGCGAUUUGCUUUCAUAAAACAUGUAUUAGAAUGAAAAUAUAUGAGACAUGUUCUUGGGCCAAGAGAAGUUCACACCUGGUUCGCCCAGCUAUCAUUGAAGACAAGUAUGGUGCAUAUUCUAAUUAGUGGUCUUUUUCAUUUCGGGAUCUUUGAUGUUGAUGAAUUUUCAAGAUGGAAUUUUUUUAGUUUCUGAAAUUAAAGGACAACUUUUCAUUUUAAAAGGUUUUUAAUCGUUAAAGUUGCUAAAUGACUCUCGAUGACAAUUGUGCUUAAGAUGAUGGGAUUCCUCCACUACGUACCUCGUCUUGGGGGCACGAAUGACAGCUUGUAUCUUUUAUUAUUCACCCCCGUCUUUUAAACGUUGAAAUAUAUCGGUUUGAUCUGUUCAUUUGACUUAUUUUUUUUUAUCAAUAACCCCUCCCUCCGUAUCGCCAGGGAUUAUGGCAUGGUCGGGUUAUCUAUUUAAAUGGAUUCCAUAUGUAGCGACCCUUUCUUUGUAAAAAAAAAGAAAAAAAGAAAAGCUUUCGUGUUUUCGUUGGCGAAUAGAAGAUCUUGGUUUUGGGGGAAGGGAAAUCAUUCCGAUUGUUUCUCUGAUAUAACAUUAUUAUAAUUUUUUUUAACUGAUUGAUGCUUGGCAUAUGUGGGAUUGAUGACAUACAACUGGAUGCAGCUGUUGUUCCCUGAAGGUUUCCCAGUGCCGCGCGGUUCUUGGACAGAUACAGCACAGUUUACAGGAAUCCGACACAUUCCCAAAAGGCUGCCCGUGCAUUUUCGGAUCUAUCGCUCAAAAUGCGCGCAGGCCGGUUAUAAGAGGAUUCCUCGGCUCGCCGUGAACCGCCCGGAGAAAGACUUGGACGGGGAUAUGAAUCCGAGAUGAUGAUGAUGCUGGAUACACAGAACUCAACCCAGGAGAUUGGAGAGGAGGUAGAAGAUGGCGCCAUUUACACCAUCACCCUUCGGAAGGUGCAGAUGCACCACACGGCCACCAAGGGGCAGCGCUGGCUGGGCGUGGAGUCGGAGUCGGCGCUCAGCCUGUACGAGACGUGCAAGGUGCGCACCAUCAAGGCGGGAACGCUGGACAGGCUGGUGGAGUACAUGGUGUCCGCCUUCCGCGGAAAUGACUCCACCUAUGUCACCAUCUUCCUGUGCACCUACCGCUCCUUUGCCACCACUAAGCAGGUGCUGGACCUGCUGCUGAACAGGUACGCGAAGCUGCAGCACCUUCCAGGGGCAGAGGGGCACAGAGUAACCCACGACGAGCGCACGGAGCUCAAGAACACCAUCUCGUCCAUCCUGGGUGCCUGGCUGGACCAGUACUCCGAGGACUUCUGGAAGCCGCCAGAGUACAGCUGCCUGCGGCACCUCAUUGCGUACCUGCACCUUAACUUUCCCGGGUCCGACCUGGAGCGGCGCGCCUGCAACCUGCUGGCGCAGUUCCACAGACGGCAGGUCUGCACCCCGGAGACGGAGGUGCUGGAGCAGGCCACCUGCCCCUUCGCAAUGCUGGAGGAGAACGGCUUCGAGGACGAGCGGCCCGGCUUCCUUACCUUUGAUCCGGUGCUGGUGGCGGAACAGUUCACGCUCAUGGACGCGGAGCUGUUUAAGAAGGUGGUGCCCUAUCACUGCCUAGGCAGCAUCUGGUCCCAGCGGGACAAAAAGGGCAAAGAGCACCUGGCCCCCACCAUCCGGGCCACGGUGGCCCAGUUCAACUGCGUCACCAACUGCGUCAUCGCCACCUGCCUGGGCGACCGUGCGCUGAAGCCCGCACAGCGCGUCAAAGUGGUAGAGCGCUGGAUCGAGGUGGCCAGGGAGUGCCGCAUUCUGAAGAACUUCUCCUCACUGCGAGCGAUCCUCUCAGCCUUGCAGUGCAACCCCGUGUACCGGCUGAAGCGGACCUGGGACGAGGUGUCCAGGGAAAACUUCCGCAUAUUCCACGAGCUGUCUGAGAUCUUCUCGGAUGAGAAUAACCACUCCCUCAGCCGGGAGCUGCUCAUCAAGGAAGGGACUUCGAAGUUUGCCACCUUGGAGAUCAACCCUAAACGGGCUCAGAAGAGGCAACAGCAGCAGAGGGAUUUGAGUGUGAUGCAGGGCACCAUUCCGUACCUGGGGACCUUCCUUACAGACCUAGUCAUGAUGGACACGGCCAUGAAGGACUACCUGGAUGGUGGGCUGAUCAACUUCGAGAAGAGAAGAAAGGAGUUUGAGGUGAUCGCCCAGAUUAAGCUGCUACAGCUGGCCUGUAACAACUACAACUUCACACGGGACGUACGCUUCAGGGAGUGGUUCACGGGGGUGGAGAAGCUCACAGAGGCAGAGAGCUACAGCCAGUCCUGCGAGAUCGAGCCGCUGUCAGAGUCGGCCAGCAACACGCUGAAAGCCAAGAAGAACACAGGCAUCAUCAAACGCUGGAGCGAUCGGCAGCCCACCAGUACAGAGGCCAGCUGCAGCAGCGUGGCCAGCUCCCACUCCAAGUCCUUCGACCAACUGCGCUAUGGGCCCCUGCUGGGGGGCACGGGAGGCUCGGGGACCGGCGGCGACGGCGGCGACUCCCUCAGCGUCACCUCAGCGGGCUCCAGCAGCUCCGACGUGGAGGAGAUCAGCGUCAGCUUCACGUCCGACUCGCCGGACGCCCACGAGAAGAAGACGUCCACGCCUUCAGUAAAACAUUCCAGUUCUACACUGGGGAGGGAAGGUGCCAUCCCUAACCUCGCACCCACGUUCUGGGAGUCCACCUUGCUGUCAUCCCUGGAUACUUCGGGGCUGGGAUCCGGCUCCGGCUCCGGCUCCAGCAGCGCCUCUUCGUCCUCGGUGUCGUCCACGCCGGUGGCGGCCUCCCGCUCCCACAAGCGCUCUGUGUCGGGCGUGUCCAGCUAUUCGUCGCUCUCGCUGCCCCUCUACAACCAGCAGGCAGACGACUGCUGCAUCAUCCGCGUCAGUCUGGAUGUGGACAAUGGCAACAUGUACAAGAGCAUCCUGGUCACCAGUCAGGAUAAGACCCCGGCAGUGAUUAGAAAGGCUAUGGUCAAACACAACCUGGACCGCGAGCGACCAGAGGACUAUGAACUGCUGCAGAAGAUCUCGGAGGAGAAAGAGCUGAAGAUCCCAGACAACGCCAACGUCUUCUACGCCAUGAACUCGACGGCCAACUAUGACUUUGUGCUGAAGAAGCGCGGCUUCGCCCGCGGGGCGCGGGCCAAGCACGUGGCCAGCUCCACCCUGCCGCGCAUGAAGCAGAAGGGCUUAAAAAUCACAAAAGGCAUCUUCUAAAGGACCUGUCACCCCCCUCACCAUAGAGAAGGAAGUCCUCCUGCAUCCCGUCCUGCCUUUGACCCACGUGCCCCAGCCUCUCAGAUCCACCCAGGUGCUUGGCACAGAGGCAGGGAGGAGCCAAUCACCUGCCGCUUAGUCCAGGAAACAGACCAAUAGCCAGAUGGAGGCAGGACCUCACUCCCCUGAAAUACUGCUGUUACACAAGCAGGCUGGCUCAUGCCCUUGAAGCCACUUCCUCUUCCCCCACUGGCAGCACCCCCUUGGAAAUGGCUGCCAUUGGAUGAGAGGUUGGGGGUCUCUUUCCCCCAGGGACCCGGAGAGUGGGACGUUAGGCAGUGUCGUACUGUGCAUCGCGGUGCCUUCCAAAAACUCCCGCGGAAGGGGGAAGGUUUCUGACGGUGACUGCUACCUUAAGGUGGGCGGGGACAGAAGCCUGAAUAGGCCACGCCCUCACCCUCCUGACUUUGCACGUUCGGGGCAGUGCAGGCCCCUGUGGAUCUCUGGGAAAUUAAUUUAGAAGUGGAAAACAACUGAAUUUUUUGGCCAUACUGGGAAGGGCAUUAUAAGGAACUUUCUUGCUUCUUUAGUCUUGUUAUAACUGCGGUUAUUCUUUUUUUAAAAAAAGAAAAAACAAAAAAACAAA